AUGGCAUAUGACAGAUACUUGGCUAUCUGUAAUCCUCUGCGUUAUAAUGGUAUCAUGACUCGACGGACCUGCAUUACAUUUGCAGGUACAUGCUGGGUGACUGGUUUUCUAGCACCAUCUAUUCCUACUACAUUUCUAAUUUGUCUCCCUUUCUGUGACUCAAAUGUUAUUGAUCAUUUCUUUUGUGACGCCCCACCACUGCUAAAACUCUCCCGUCAAAAUAUCAACACCAAUGAAGUCAUUAAUUUUAUUCUGGGUUCAAUGAUUCUAUUAACUUCUUUUUUGUGUUCAAUGAUUUCUUAUAUCAAUAUAAUCUCUACAAUACUUAACAUCCCUACUGCUGAUGGCCGUAAGAAGGCUUUUUCCACCUGUGCUUAUCACCUGAUCAUUGUAACUAUAUUCUAUAGCACCACCAUCUUCACCUACGUUAGACCAAGAACCCUCAAUGCUUUCAAUUUUAACAAGAUUGUUUCUCUAAUUUACUCUGUGAUCACCCCAAUGAUCAAUCCUUUUAUCUACAGCUUAAGAAAUAAUGAUAUAAGGCAGGCACUGAAAAAAGCUGUAAAACUCAAAUAUGCAAUUCGUAACUGA